UGAGGCUGGUUGUGGGGGACAAAAUCCCUAUAUCUUUCCCCUUCCCUGCCACCUCCCAUUGCUCUUGCAUCUCUUCAGCGACCCUGCCCCAAGAGACAAGCCCAUCCUCCUGAACAAGACACUCGACAUUCACCGACAUUCUCAGUCGAAGAGACAUAGCAUACUCCCUACCCAUUUAUCGCAACUACACACGUAUCAGAUAUCCCCAUUCAGUAUGAAGUCCUUCGCAUCGGCCGUGCCCUUGGCGGCAGCUCUGUUCACCACCUCCACUCUCGCAUGGCUCCCAUCCUGCUCGUGGUCUGACUGCAUGGGAAGCUGGGAUGGCACAUCCUGCAGCGCCUCCACCGGCUGGGACUGCCUCUGCUCUAAUCAAACUGCCAUCUCCCAAUUGAACACCUGCGUCGCAACCUCCUGCACAAACACCACCGAUCAAGAGGCCAUCUACGGUGCCAUUGCACAGCUUUGCGCCAACGCAGGAUCUCCCGUCACUGCCUCCCAAGAAGCAACCUUCAGCGCUACCUCUGGCGGCUCUGCCUGGCCUUCUCAGAUCACUGCCGCCCCCGGCUUUGGUCCCGGUGGCGGUUGGAACUCUGCCCAGUGGUCCAGCUGGAUCUCUGCUUGCUCCACUGGCCUGCCCUCCGCUCCGAGCGGAUGGAGUGGCCAAGGCCCAUGGGGCGGCCCAGGCAUGUGGGGUGGUCAUGGUGGUCCUGGUUUCGGCCCUGGCGGCUUCGGCCCUUGGGGCACAAAGGCCAGCGGCGUCAACUGCGAUCAAUGGACCACCUGGACUGCUGGCUGGGGCCCUUUCUCGUCAUGGACCGGCACCUGGUCUGGCUGCAGCACCACCACCAACACCCCCGUCCCUGCGACCAUCACCACCACUGUCACCACCGACGGCUCGACUCAAGUCAUCACCGGCACGACCUUCGGUAUCCAAGCUGUUGAGGCUGCUGCCACCACCACCUCUGACUCGGGCAAUGCCGCUCCUUCUCUUCGCGGCCUGGGCGCUUGCAGCGCUCUCGUUGCGGCAAUCUUUGCCACCAUGCUUGCUCUGUAAUUGCACUUCUGGGAGUUGCAUUCUUGACAUGGGCACCAGUAUAGUUUUUUUUUUGAUACCACUGCAUUGGAGACGGAGAAAAUGAAUACACUGGGACGGUCAGGGCCACGAGAUUGAUGACUACCACCAUUACUAUAAGCAUUCACGAUGGAUUGUAUUGUUACUGGGGAGUUAGGAAGCUAAUCCAUAUCACUAUGACCGACAAAAAUAUAUAUAUAUAUAUAUUAUGCUCCUGGGCAUCUGUCCCUGUGAACUUGUUUCUUCCCAUCUCCGUCGC